AUGUUGUCUCGUCAAGUUACUCUCUCUAUUCCUCUUAUUACCUUUUAUUUAUCACUUCUCAACUUUGUCAACCUAAGCUCAGCUUCGGAUUCAAACUCUGGUCUGUGCACUCCUUACCCAUGUAACCAACCGCCUCAACCGCCUUCCUCUACAGGCUACACUCCAUACGGUAAUCCUCCUCCACCACCUCCACCUCCACCGCCUUCACCGUCUUCACCUCCUUCACCACCGCGUUCCCACUGCCCUCCUGUUCCAACGACAGGUUGCUGCACUCCACCACCAUCUUCAAUGUAUUCUCCUCCGUAUCCUUACUUUUUUACUCCUCCUUAUCCUUACGGUACUCUCGGAGGAGGUGAAGGUGGUGGCGGGCAAGGAGGAGCCGUAGGUGGUACAACAGGAGCGGCGGUGGCUUCCCCUGCAACGCCGGUUUAUUUAUUGAUGCUUGUGUUGUUGUCUUAUUUUGUUGUUAUCUUCUAG